AUUAUAUUGAAUAAGAACUAGAAAAACCCUUUCUGUAACCCUAACAGAAGUGGCGGCCACACCGCCUCUGGGUUUAUCGUCUUCCCCACCUUCUUCUUCCAUUAUUCCUCAGUGAAACUGUUGAAUUAGUUUGGAGGCACAAUGAGAUUGGAGAAAUGCUGGUUCUGUUCUUCUACUGUAUAUCCUGGACAUGGAAUCCAGUUUGUUCGCAAUGAUGCAAAGAUUUUUCGAUUUUGUAGAUCUAAGUGCCACAAGAACUUUAAAAUGAAGAGGAACCCUCGUAAGGUGAAAUGGACCAAGGCAUAUAGGCGAGUGCAUGGAAAGGAUAUGACACAGGAUUCAACCUUUGAGUUUGAGAGGAAGCGUAACAGGCCUGAGAGAUACGACAGGAAUCUUGCUCAGACUGUCCUCGGUAUCAUGCCAAAGAUUGAAAAGAUCAGAGUCGACAGGGAAGCGAGACACCACAUGAAUAGGAUGAAGGGCAAGAAGCUGAAGAUUCAGAAGGAGGGCGUUAAGGAGUUGCUACAGAGCAUCCAUAUGCUUCCUAUUCCUAAGGUCAAAGUGGUGGAACCGCCUAAGAUCAAAGUGGCUGUUUCCCAACAACAAUCAGAGCAAAAUCUUGCGAUGGAAGAGUGAUAUAAAUUAAAAGUUGAUUUGUUGCCCAUCAGUAAUGUGAAUGAUGAAAUUUUGAAACGAAUUUUUGUACUAUUUGAGAAUAUGUUUGUGAUGAUGUUUUUAGAUAAUGUUUUAAUAGUUUGAGAUAGUAGACUAGUAAUACCCCUUGGAUGUUUUGAUUUUAUCAUGAGUAUACUUAUUAUUCAAUUGGAUCA